CCCAACCUCCUAAGGUCCACCGUGAUGGUGCAGAAGUCCAAGCUCAGAAAUGCCGUCUCCAACAUUCCCCUCACCUCAACACAAACACCCGCAACGCCCACGUAUCAAAAGCCACCUGCUGGACCUGCUGGACCUGCUGGACCUGCUGGACCUGCUGGACCUGCUUUAAGGAUGAAUUUAGGAGUCAUUAUUUGUUACUGAGGAACUAGUGACUAAAGCACUUACAUUUAGAGUAGUUACUGAGGAACUAGUGACUAAAGCACUUACAUUUAGAGUAGUUACUGAGGAACUAGUGACUAAAGCACUUACAUUUAGAGUGGUUACUGAGGAACUAGUGACUAAAGCACUUACAUUUAGAGUAGUUACUGAGGAACUAAUGACUAAGGCACAUACAUUUAGAGUAGUUACUGAGGAACUAGUGACUAAAGCACUUACAUUUAGAGUAGUUACUGAGGAACUAAUGACUAAGGCACAUACAUUUAGAGUAGUUACUGAGGAACUAAUGACUAAGGCACUUACAUUUAGAGUAGUUACUGAGGAACUAGUGACUAAAGCACUUACAUUUAGAGUAGUUACUGAGGAACUAAUGACUAAAGCACUUACAUUUAGAGUGGUUACUGAGGAACUAGUGACUAAAGCACUUACAUUUAGAGUAGUUACUGAGGAACUAAUGACUAAAGCACUUACAUUUAGAGUGGUUACUGAGGAACUAGUGACUAAAGCACUUACAUUUAGAGUGGUUACUGAGGAACUAGUGACUAAAGCACUUACAUUUAGAGUGGUUACUGAGGAACUAGUGACUAAAGCACUUACAUUUAGAGUGGUUACUGAGGAACUAGUGACUAAAGCACUUACAUUUAGAGUGGUUACUGAGGAACUAGUGACUAAAGCACUUACAUUUAGAGUGGUUACUGAGGAACUAGUGACUAAAGCACUUAUAUUUAGAGUGGUUACUGAGGAACUAGUGACUAAAGCACUUACAUUUAGAGUAGUUACUGAGGAACUAGUGACUAAAGCACUUACAUUUAGAGUGGUUACUGAGGAACUAAUGACUAAGGCACAUACAUUUAGAGUAGUUACUGAGGAACUAGUGACUAAAGCACUUACAUUUAGAGUGGUUACUGAGGAACUAAUGACUAAGGCACAUACAUUUAGAGUAGUUACUGAGGAACUAGUGACUAAAGCACUUACAUUUAGAGUGGUUACUGAGGAACUAAUGACUAAGGCAUAUACAUUUAGAGUAGUUACUGAGGAACUAGUGACUAAAGCACUUACAUUUAGAGUGGUUACUGAGGAACUAGUGACUAAAGCACUUACAUUUAGAGUAGUUACUGAGGAACUAGUGACUAAAGCACUUACAUUUAGAGUGGUUACUGAGGAACUAGUGACUAAAGCACUUACAUUUAGAGUGGUUACUGAGGAACUAAUGACUAAGGCACAUACAUUUAGAGUAGUUACUGAGGAACUAGUGACUAAAGCACUUACAUUUAGAGUAGUUACUGAGGAACUAGUGACUAAGGCACAUACAUUUAGAGUAGUUACUGAGGAACUAGUGACUAAAGCACUUACAUUUAGAGUAGUUACUGAGGAACUAAUGACUAAAGCACUUACAUUUAGAGUGGUUACUGAGGAACUAGUGACUAAGGCACAUACAUUUAGAGUAGUUACUGAGGAACUAGUGACUAAAGCACUUACAUUUAGAGUGGUUACUGAGGAACUAGUGACUAAAGCACUUACAUUUAGAGUAGUUACUGAGGAACUAAUGACUAAGGCACAUACAUUUAGAGUAGUUACUGAGGAACUAGUGACUAAAGCACUUACAUUUAGAGUGGUUACUGAGGAACUAGUGACUAAGGCACAUACAUUUAGAGUAGUUACUGAGGAACUAGUGACUAAGGCACAUACAUUUAGAGUAGUUACUGAGGAACUAGUGACUAAAGCACUUACAUUUAGAGUGGUUACUGAGGAACUAGUGACUAAGGCACAUACAUUUAGAGUAGUUACUGAGGAACUAAUGACUAAGGCACAUACAUUUAGAGUGGUUACUGAGGAACUAGUGACUAAGGCACAUACAUUUAGAGUAGUUACUGAGGAACUAGUGACUAAAGCACUUACAUUUAGAGUGGUUACUGAGGAACUAAUGACUAAGGCACAUACAUUUAGAGUAGUUACUGAGGAACUAAUGGCAAACUGAGGAACUAAUGACCAAGUCAUAUACAUUUAGAGGAAUUGAUCAUUUAGAGCUAAUGAAGGACAAAUGAGUAGAGUAGUUACCAAGUAACUACAGUUACGUUGAUAACUACUGUCUACCAUUUUGUCUACCAUAUUGUAAAGUUGUUAUUGUUGUUAUUGUUGUUGUUGUUAUUGUUGUUAUUGUAACGACGCUAUUAAGCCUCCAGUGUUGCUUUGUUGGUAAAUCUGGCAACAUUCCAAAAGCGACGAGCUCCAAAUCGAGCUGUUUUUUCUGGCGUCAUCAGAGAGAUCAGAGAGCUGGUAUUUCUGAUCUGCAGUUCGUGUUCUCAUCAGCGGGGGCUCCUGAGACGUCCUCCCCACCCCAAAAGGGUGGUCAGCUCGGUGAAGCUCCACGCAUCCAUGAAGCAAAGCAUCGGCUCCAAAUGUUCUGGACUCGCUGCUGCCAGCCUUCAGGGUUCCAACUCCUUAGACGUGGGGAUCAUACGGUAUUUGAUUUAUGAAUUUUAGGACACCUUAACGUAGGAUGUCUUACCAAGUCCAAUCCACCUGCAUGGACAGUAGAGAAGUCUAGCACAGAGACCUCAACCAACCCAGACCUUCCAGAUCACCUGACCGUGUGGCCAACAUGCUAUCCACUAGUCCACCGUGCGGCUCACCUCUCAUCUCAAUGACUGUAAUUCCUGUCUCAGGGGUCCCUCAGACCACAUCACACCAAUUCUAUUUCAGUUCUACUGGCUUCCUUUCAUGGUGGAUGCUCCAUUGUCAGCAUUGUAUGGCCUGUAAGGUGACCUUGGGGUCUUUUGAAAGGCA